GAAGAAUGCUGGAGGAACAGCUCUCUACCCUCUCCAUUGACUCUUCGCCGACUCUCCCAAUCGCCAGGCUUCCCAACGAGCUGUUGGCGAGAAUUUUCUUCCUGGCCGCAAUGGAGACUAGGCAUGACACGAUACCAGCUCCGUUUAUCGUUUCACAGACAUGCCGCCGCUGGCGGGAUGUCGCGCUAUCGACCGGUGAUCUAUGGAAAUUCAUCAGCUUCAAUUUCCCAUUAUCAUCUGUCCAAUACCUUCGGGCAAACAGCAUGCUGUCGAGGUCUGAUACCUUCCCGCUUGAUCUUUUAAUGGAUUUCCGUGAUCCGUCUUGGGACUGGGAAGAAGAUCCUCACGGCUUCACCUCCAAUGGCAUGCAAUCUGUCAUCCGACUCCUUGAGCCGCAUCUUGACCGCCUGGAAGCAGCGGAUAUCCUUCUCGAUACCUGGGCACCAAUGCAUACAUUUUUAUCGGAGACUCAAAAACUUGACGUACCAUCAUUGCCAGCGCUGAAGCGACUGUCCCUUUCUCGCUGCAAUGCCUAUUUUGCCUUUAAGGGCCAGACAUUCCAACCCCAACACUUACGAGACCCCCUACCGUUAUUCGGUGGGAUCCCUCUACCGGGACUCAGUCACCUGUCCCUCGUCGGUGUUCACAUUGAUUGGAGCGCUGCAGCUUCGUCCCUCGGGAACCUUACCAGCCUUGAGCUCAAGUACCACGCCCCCGACGUCCUUCCUACCUCCAAGGAAUUUGCGGACCUUAUAGCCGGGUCCCCUGAUUUGCGCCACCUUUCGGUGAUCGGGUCAUGUCCCAGUGGCGCACCAGGAUCGACCUUAAUUUCGGCCCUGACGUUGUCUCACUUCACUUUGGGAUUCGUGGAUGUGGACGACGCCGUUCAGUUCGUUUCUAGCUUGCAUUUUCCGGCUCUGCAGAGUCUGUCAUUGGAGGAUGUCAGGAGUGGUUUGGAUCCCACCCAGCCAAUACAAGAUGCGUCCAUUCUAUUGGAAUGCUUUGCCCGAAUGACGAGUUCGACGAUCCCAUUGCAUAGGCUUCGAUCUCUGAACCUUAACGAAAUCAAUGCCACACAGGAGGUGCUCGAUAGUUUCUUUUUAGUCCUUUCUUCGGUGACGGAGAUGGAUUUAUCUGAGAGUAUUCCUUUGGCUUCUCUUGAGCCUAGUUUCGGUGUUGCUCCUUGCCCUUCACUUCGCACUUUACAGUACCAUUCCUAUAAUGAUUGGUAUGCAGUACAUUCUUUGGUUUGUUCGAGACGUGAACACCGAGUCCCUUUACAUAACGUUCAUGUUAUCUUUCAACAAGAGCCCCGUGAUGUACAGCUUCUUUUACAGGCUGGUGUUCUCGUAACAAUAGAUACCAGUUCCGACUCAGAGGAAAACGAGAGCUCAUAUUCAUUUAGAUCUCAUAGUCCUUAAAAUGCAGAGUUGAUGUAUGACAUGGCGUAUCUAUACAGGAAUGCGUGGUUAUAGUACUGAUAUUGUU